AUCUGGUGGUAACAAUUUAAACGUCUGACAUCAACAAACAAUCAUUUCUGUCAAAUUUGAAGUAGAGGAAGAGAAGUGACCUACAUCUGUUGUUUAGAAAGUUCCUUAACACAUUCAAGAAAAGACAUGGAAAAGUCCAGGAAUUUUUUAUGGCAAUAUCUGUCAAUGCACCAGAAGACAUCUGUAUUAAGAUAAGAAAGGGGGAUUUAAGGUGUUGCAGACAGUACAGUAUUCACUCAAUUAUCUUUGAUUAAGAGGAGGGCAGGUCCACUAUAACUGAUAAACAAAUUUCACUAUUACAGUGUCUCAGAAUAACCUCAGGGUUGGUGAGUGGUGCAGCCACUGAAUGGGCUCUCACUUAGUGCACCACCACACACAGUAUUGUUUUGCUGCAGUACAAUACUGUAUAAGUUAAGUAAUUCGUAUUUACCACAAGAUAUGAAGAUCAUCUGCUCCCAAAGACUACAAUCCCUCCCUCUGGUGGUGGUAGACCAGUAGAGGAAGUAAGCCAAAUUCCAGUUAACUCAGUGUCAUGAUCAUGGUUUAGUGAAGUGUUCUCAGGUGGUGAAACAUGUUUAUCUUGAUUCACAAUUAAUUGAAUUUCAGAUAAGUGGGUGAGUACUGUGUCAGCCACCAUGAGUGAUUUGGAAAUCAGUGGCUCAGAUUCGGAGCCUGUUUCCGAUGUCAACCCAGAGGAGAUGGCCAGAUUGAUGGCUGAUAUAGAUGAACUGGACAAUGACCUCUUUAAGAGCACCUCGAAGUCUUCAGGAAAAUCAGGUAGUGGAAGUACUAUAGCAAAAUCCCAAGAUACAAAAGAUCCUAAAAGGCGUGUGACCUUUAAUGAAAAACCUGGGACACCAGCUAAAGCUUCAGAAGAUGAUGAUGAUGAUGAUGAUGACUGGGAUGCUGAUGACCUCUUGCAUUCAGACGACGAAGUGAAACCCCGUGGAAAAUUGGCCAAAAAGCCAGAGACAUCAGAUGCAUCUUCAGUUUCACCUGCCAAAGCUGCUGCUUCUGAUAAAGAUAACAAAGAAGACUCUGGUAAGAAGACUAUGGCAAAAAGUAAAUUGAUGGCUGACUUAUUCAGUGAUAAUUCUCAAGAUCUACCUAAAGAAAGAGAAACAAAAUCCCCAACUUCAAGUGAGUCCAAGAAGGAUAAAAGUAAACUCAUGGCUGAUUUAUUUGGAGGGGGAGACGACUCAAGUAAUCCUGGCAAUUCAAGAGAAAAUAAAGACUCGGGUGAGACAGCUACAAAGCGAGGGACAGCUAGAAAGGCAAAAGAGAACAUCACCUUUGAUGAUGAUGAUGACUUAUUUGGUGGUUUGGAAGAAUCAAGAAAGAAACCGGUGUCUGACUCUCCCAAGGGUGGAAGUUUUUUAGACAGCCUAUUAACAAAAAGUAAUGCCUCUGAACAGUCAAAAGUAAAAAGAGAAACAAACACAGAAUUUAAUUUAGAUGAGAGGUAUAAAAAUAUAGGCAAAGAGACUAAGGGAAAGAGCACAAAAGAUUUUGGAGGAUACAUGCCAUCAUCUAGCAAGCCUAACAGUCCUAGUAGAGGAACCCCAAAGAAAACCACAUCUGAUGAUACUUUUGAUCUCUUUGGUGACUUUGAACCAAGAAAAAGGAAUCCGAGGUCAAGGUCAGCACCUCAGAAAAAAACAUAUGAAAUAGAUGAUGAUGAUAUUUUGGGAAAUAUUCGUUCUCGUAAAGGUGUUCUUAAAGACAGUGAUAAAGAGUCUCCUCAUACUAAGCCCAGCCCAAGUGGAAAGUCUUCAGAAUCACCAAAAGUGAAAAAAAAGUCUCCCGCAAAAGCUCAAAAUAAAGAUGAUUGGCUUUUUGGUGAUGCAAGCAGUGUCUCCGAUACUAUGAAGAAAAACAUAGAUGAAACUUCUAUUGAUCAAGCAGAUGAAGGUAUUAAACAAUCAUCUCCCAGCAAAAAUGAAGAUUGGCUGGGGAAAAUGUUGGGUGGCAACACGAAAUCGCCCAGUAUAUCUAAGCAGGCUGCAUCCCAAGGUAGUUCUCCAAGUGUUCAACAUCCAGGUGGAGUACCAGAAGGUGUCUCGGUAUCUGCUUCGCCUGUUGCACACACAGUCACAGCAGGAGUCGUUGCUUCUAGACAUCAAAAUAUUCAGUCAUUGUCAGAUCCUGUAACAAAUUCAGCCAUUUUAACAUCUACUUUGCCAGCUGCAACACCUUUUAUACCUGCUGCAUUACCCACUGUCCCUUCUGUACCCUCUGUGAUGACAGCAGUUUUGCAGACUCCAGAGGACUUAAAGCAGCAGUUUUUGAAACAACAACAGGAAGCUCAAGCUCAGGCUGCUGCUGUUGCUGCUCAGUUAAAACAGCAUCAGAAUCAACUUGAGAUGCAGAUGGCUCAACAGCUUCAGCAGCAACAGCAGAAUAUGGCAGAGGUGAUGAAAAGACAACAGGAGGCAGCUUUAGAAAGGUAUAAGGGUGCAGUGUCGGCAGUUGGCCAGUAUGACAUAAAUGCUUCCGUCCCAGUAAAUAAUUCUGAUCAACAGAAAGAUAAAGUUGAUUUGAAAACAGCCAAAGUUGAGGUUGCUGGAUUAAAAGCAGAAUUGGACUUGAUUCGUAAACAACACACUGAAGAAGUGGCAGUGCUUGAGGAGGGUCACAGGAGAAAAUUGGAUGUUGAAAAGGAAAUCUGGGAUCGAGUUGAAAAAAGAUUGAGGGAGGAACGUGAUAGCUUGUUGUCAGACUUUCAGAAGAAGAUAUCAUUGGUGCAGGAAGAGAAGGAGAAUCUGGCUUCAUCCUAUAAAGUCCAGCUGACAGGCAUAAAAUCUGAAUGGUCUCAAGCAGUGGAACGCACAAAAGAAUUAUAUUCAGGAAUGGUUGAAAGAAUGAAGGAGGAACACCAGGCUACCCUGGAGAGAAUGACUCAGCUUAAAGAAAUGGAACUAAAAGCUGCUUUAUCUGCAACAGGACAUGUUAGAGAAGUUGAAGCAGUGAUGACACAGUUGGAAAGCAACACCUCAAAUCUUUCUGAAUUAACAGCUUCAAUCAAUAUCCGCCAUGAUUCAUCGUUGGAGUUAACACAGAGGGCUCUCAAGAUGAAGGAGAAGCAGUUGCAGGAAUUUGAGGCGCAGUUGGCAACAUCACGUGCUGAAUCAGAGGGUGAGAGAAACAGACUGAAUACUCUCAUACAAAGGCUAGAGAACACCCUCAUGCAGCAAGGCUCAGAGGUUGAGAAAGAACGUUGGAGGCUUGCUCAAGAGCGCAUGAAAAUGGAAAUGGAACGUCAGGCAAUGACUGAAGAACGGAAACAUUUGCGGAUCAGUACAGAAACAGAACGACAGAACUUGGCCAGUGCUCGGGAAAGCUUAAUGUCUGAGCACAGGUCUCUGUUGCAAUCUCUGAAUCGGCAGAAGCAAGAAUUGGCCAGCCAACAGGCAAACCUCGGUAUACAACAGAAUUUAGGUCAUGUUUCUGCUCUAGGGACCCACAUCAGUGCUGGUAAUAUGAAUCACUUUGAUGCAGUUGCUGAAAUGCCAGCAUUGAAUGAGGAGCGUCGUAGAUUACGUGAAAAGAUAGCUGCUGUUAACAUUCAAGAGCAACAACUGCAAGAGGAAGAAACUAAAUUAGAGCAAUUGAAACUACAAGUGGAACAAGAGAAAGCAAAGUUAAAACUAGAACGAGAAGUCUGUGCCCAAGAACAGCUACUGCUAACAAAGACACGUAAAGAAACUGAGGCAGCAAGACAGGAAGUUGAUUUGCUCAGGCAAGAGCAAGAAGCCCGACUUAAUCAGAUCACCACUCAGACUCGGGCUCUUCAUAAACACCAGGAGAAACUAGAAAAUGAUCACGUGAAGCUAGAACAGUUGCGAGAAGAAGUGGUUCGUUUGUCACAGUAUGGUUUAUGUGCUUCUUGCCGAACCAAAGGAGCAGCAAACUUUGUACUGGAAUAUGUGACAAAGCCUUAUAAUGGUCGUCUCCCAGGUGAUGGUGGAGAAGGGUACAUUAACAACUCUUUUAAAGUGGAUCUUUCCAAUAAAGCCAACUUGUCCCCAGCAUCAGUCCUAGCACGUUUAGCAGCUGCACGAGAACGUGAAAAUACAGAGCGAGAGAAGAGACUUUUGCAGAUGUCUGUCAUGGAAUCUUCUUGACAUUUUGCCUGGUGCAGAAAUACUCCUAGAAAAACAUUGCACUCGCUUUGUUGAUUCUUCAGAAGCAGCUGAUUCUGCUGCCAGUUUCUUACGCUGUUUCUGAGACAACUUGCCCAUCUUGCUACAGAAAAAUAAUUUUGAGAACUGCUGUUAAGAGUUUUGACAUAAAUGUAUAAUGUAUACAGAAAUGUCUGGGAAUAAAAUUCUUAUAUAAAA